AUGCCGAGCUUCAUGAGGCGCAUUCGCCGCACUUUUAAGUCUCCGAGAAAGGCUACCGUGAACGACGUGCUCGCCAACUCUAUCGACGCCCUCGAAGCCGUCAAGAACGUCGCAGACGCGGUUGGCGUUGUUCCUUUCCUUAGUGCUGUGAUCACUGCCGCUCUGGGGAUCGCAAAGGUUGUACAGGAAGCGAGGGAAAGUGAAGACGCGCUCGUCGAAGUCGCCCGGCGAGCCGCGGCCAUCGUGACGCACAUCAAGCAGAAGGUGCAGAGUGGUGCUGGCAGCCUGGCGGUGAGCACAGAGAUGCAGAAGAUCCUGGCCGAGCUUCACGCAGUGAUGGAGAAUAUACGUGCUGAGGUCGAAGAUGUGCUCAAGAUCGUACCCUUCGUGCGAUUCCUUCGUCGGAAAAUGGUCCAGAAGAAGGGACAGACCUGCGUGCAGAAACUGGACGAUGCAUGGCGGGCCUUCGAUAGCGCACUCUUGGUUCAUCUCGAGAACCAGGUCAAAGCGCAAGGUGAAUCGUUGGAGCGUCUCGAGGACCAGAACAGAUCACAGGUAGAAACGUUGGCACAUCUCGAAUGCGAAGUCAGGUCACAAGCCACGUUCGAGCCCACUUUAUCCAUACCUUACGCUCGAUUCACCGAUAUCCAGCACAAGGUCCGCCAAGGAAAGUAUAAUACGAGCACUUACAGCGGAGAUCAGUUCAGUGGUCUCUGGGGAUCCGAACAACGUGUUGUGACAGUACGAAAGUUCGAUCCAAGCCUAAAGACGUGCGUCGUUCGAGCAAUCAGAGCAUAUUCUCAAAACCAACACGAAUAUCACGAAUGCCUCACCAACGUGAUUGCGCUGGCAUAUCCUUCCGCCGGAGUUCAGUUCUACCUAAUCGAAGGUCGGCCGCGGAAGUCCAUCAUAGAAGACUUUACCGGCAAGGACCCCAGGGUAUGGAUGAGGAAACUGCUACAGCAUAUUGGUGAUACAGAUGCAAGUUCGUCGUUGUAUGGCAAGCACUAG